AUGAAUCCCGCAAAGCUUCUCGAGGAGCACCAAGCUGCCGUUGCCAAGGUCCAGGAGCAGGUCAAGUACUUUUACGACAACAAGAAGCCGUUCCGCGUCUACCAUGGCUCCACGAGCUCGACGCGUCCGCUGUCCUUCAAGGCGGACGCCAUCGUCGACACGAGCAGCAUGGACCGCCUCUUCCCCGUCAACCUCGAGACGAUGACCGUGCAGGCCGAGCCCAAGGUGCCCAUGGACGCCCUGGCUGCCCACACCCUCAAGCACGGCGUCGUCCCCAAGAUUGUCAUGGAGUUCAAGGGCAUCACCGUCGGCGGCGGCUACUCUGGCUUUUCCGGCGAGAGCAGCAUGUACCGCUACGGCCUCUUCAACAACACCGUGUCCGAGAUUGAGAUUGUGCUGGGCGAUGGCACGCUGGAAAAGGCCAACCGCGAGCACAACGCGGAUCUGCUGGAGCAUGCUGCCGGCAGCUUGGGAACCUUUGGCAUCGUCACCCUGCUCACGAUUGAGCUGAUCCCAGCCACGCCCUUUGUCAGGCUGGACAUCCAGCUGGUGGACGACGUCGCCAAAGCUCACGACAUGUUCGAGGAGGCCACCAAGGACGAGUCCAUUCACUUUAUCGACGGCGUCUACUUCCGCAAGGGCGUCAUUGUGGUCAUGUUUGGCCGCUUCAUCUCCACCUUGCCCAAUGGCAAGGCUCCUCUGAAGAAGAUGGAGGUCCACUGGUUUGCCGACACCAUUGAGGCCGCCAUCAAGAAGCAGCCGACGCGCGACAAGCCCACAGACCUCUACAUGUACACGCCCGACUACCUCUUCCGCUACGAUCACGGCGCCUUCUGGGGCGGCAAGCUGGCCUUUAAGCACUUCCACGUGCCCGAGAACGCCAUCACCCGCCGUCUGGCCGACCCUUUCCUCGACAGCCGCACGUGCUACCAUGCGCUGCACAAGACGGGCCUUGCCAACGAGUAUGUGGUGCAAGACUUUGGCAUCCCGGCCAGCACCGUCAAGGAGUUCAUCAGCUUCGUCAACGAGACCCUGCCAGAGCUGAUGAUCUUCCUGGCUCCCUGCAAGUCCCCAAAGGAGAUUGGCCUGACGUCUCGCUUCAAUCCGCGUGUCGACGAAGUCUCGGACCAGCGCAUCUUUGCCGUCGGCGUCUACGGCCGCGGACCCCGCGACCCAAAGGCCUUUUACGAGCUCAACCGCAAGCUGGAGCUGCGAAGCGCCGAGCUCAUGGGCGCCAAGCUCCUGUACGCCCGUACUUACUACACUGAGGACGAGUUCUGGCUCAUCUACAACAAGGAGGUCUACGACGCGAUGCGCAAGAAGUACAAGGCGGAGACGCUGCCGUCCGUCUACGACAAGCUCAAGGCCGACAUGGAGACGGGCGUCGGCAAGAGAAGGCCAGUGCGUGGCAUUCUCGAGACGAUGUGGGACAAGGCCAUCGGCAACAAGCACUACAUCCCGGUGAAGAAGUAA